GCUCGUGGUCUUAGUAACAGAGGACUUCUGACUGUAAUCCUAGCGCGUCACUUUGUUGAAGGCAAACACGUGGUUUGGGGAGCAUUUAUAAAUCUCUGCUCCGGGCAGGAUCGUGAUGUUAUCUGCUGGCAGCAGAAGGUUUGCUCCGAGCAGAGCGGCCGACGCUGUGGGCCAGAGAGCCCGGGCGAGAGAGUGAGAGAACAAGCAGAGAGCUGAGCCCUAGGGCAGGCGACAGGGAUGAAGAGUGGAAGCAUUAGGGUUUACGGAGCCGUCCUGAAGCAAGCGGGCUGCAGAGAGGAGUAGGUAUCAGCAGAGGUCUAUUUUAGGGUCGCCAGUACCUUCUUACCCUAACCGAGAAAGUGCAAGCUUGCUGGAAGGCAGGAGAGGCUGGGGAAGGGUGCGGGUCUCCGAGGCGCCCCGCAGCCCGCCCGCCCAGGAGGCGGUGUUGUUCCGCAGUGGGUGAAGGAGGUGGCCGAUCUCUGUCGCCCGGUGGCCGCCUGGAGCAAGAGGAGGAGGAUCUGCAGGACGGAGCUGGAGCCUAACCCCCUUUGCAGGCAUCAGCGGCGGCUGCAACGUGGAGCGACCCAGCCGGGUGUAGGCCACAGCGCGGCCGCAGGAGCAGGAUCGUCGCUGCCUGCUCCGGUCUUGGCGGAUCUCUGGGGCGGACAGUACCCCACCGAGUCCCCGAGUGAGCCGCGCCGGGGCGCAUCUGCCUCCCCGCGGCUCGCCAGGCUCGCCCUCGGCGCGCGCACACACACGCACGCGCGCACACAUCCACACGCACACUCAUCCACACACGUGUGGAAGGCAGGCCCGAGCCGCUCGGUCUUUGAACAUCUCAGUUAGAGCCCGGCGCAGCCCCGGCCGCCGCUCUGCGCUCUCCGCGGCCCUGCGCGCCUCCUGCCAGUCCCCGGACCUUCUCGUCUCUUCCCUUUUGGGCGAAGGAUCCGAGUUCAGAUCCGCCACUCCGCACCCGAGCCUGACACACUGAACUCCAUUUCUUCCUUUUAAGUUUAUUUCUACUUCAGAGCCACUCACUCCCUCCCUUCCUGGGGGGAAAACAAACCUUACUCCUUAAAGUGAGAACCCCCUCCCCACGCUUGAGCAUCGCAUAUUACUGUCUCCACGUUGGGAACGCGCUGCAUUUUCUUUCUUUCUUUUUUUUUUAAAGGAAUCACAGCCAGGGACGUUUUUCUAUCUGGCAUUGACUUUCGAUUGCUUUGCAAAAGUUUCGCAUUAAAAAAAAAAAAACCAAAAUCAAAAAAAACUUUACCUGACUUGCUCUGAGAAUUAUUGGUUUCUUUUUAUAGUUUUUUUUCUUACUUUAAACAACAACAACAGCAACGUUCCCACCUUUUAAAAACAUGCACUACUGUGUGCUGAGAACCUUUUUGCUCCUGCAUCUGGUCCCGGUGGCGCUCAGCCUGUCUACCUGCAGCACCCUCGACAUGGACCAGUUUAUGCGCAAGAGGAUCGAGGCCAUCCGCGGGCAGAUCCUGAGCAAGCUGAAGCUCACCAGCCCCCCGGAAGACUAUCCUGAGCCGGACGAGGUCCCCCCGGAGGUGAUUUCCAUAUACAACAGUACCAGGGACUUACUGCAGGAAAAGGCAAGCCGGAGGGCAGCCGCCUGCGAGCGCGAGCGGAGCGACGAAGAGUACUAUGCCAAGGAGGUUUAUAAAAUCGACAUGCCGUCCCACUUCCCCUCCGAAACUGUCUGCCCAGUUGUUACAACACCCUCUGGCUCAGGGGGCAGCUUUUGCUCCAGACAGUCCCAGGUGCUCUGUGGGUACCUUGAUGCCAUCCCGCCCACUUUCUACAGACCCUACUUCAGAAUUGUCCGCUUUGAUGUCUCAACAAUGGAGAAGAAUGCUUCUAACCUGGUGAAGGCAGAGUUCAGAGUCUUUCGUUUGCAGAACCCCAAAGCCAGAGUGGCUGAACAACGGAUCGAACUGUAUCAGAUCCUCAAAUCCAAAGACUUAACGUCCCCAACGCAGCGCUACAUUGAUAGCAAGGUUGUGAAAACGCGAGCGGAAGGCGAAUGGCUGUCCUUCGAUGUGACUGACGCCGUGCAUGAGUGGCUCCACCACAAAGACAGGAACCUGGGAUUCAAGAUAAGUUUGCACUGCCCCUGCUGUACCUUCGUGCCUUCGAAUAAUUACAUCAUCCCCAAUAAAAGCGAAGAGCUCGAGGCGAGAUUUGCAGGUAUUGAUGGCACCUCCACAUAUACCAGUGGUGAUCAGAAAACUAUAAAGUCCACUAGGAAAAAAAACAGUGGGAAGACCCCACAUCUCCUGCUAAUGUUGUUGCCCUCCUACAGACUGGAGUCACAACAGUCCAGCCGACGGAAGAAGCGUGCUUUGGAUGCCGCCUAUUGCUUUAGAAAUGUGCAGGAUAAUUGCUGCCUUCGCCCUCUUUACAUUGAUUUCAAGAGGGAUCUUGGGUGGAAAUGGAUCCAUGAACCCAAAGGGUACAAUGCCAACUUCUGUGCUGGGGCGUGCCCAUAUCUAUGGAGUUCAGACACUCAGCACACCAAGGUCCUCAGUUUGUACAAUACCAUAAAUCCUGAAGCCUCUGCUUCCCCUUGCUGUGUGUCCCAAGAUUUGGAGCCACUGACCAUCCUCUACUACAUUGGUAACACACCCAAGAUCGAACAACUUUCCAACAUGAUCGUCAAGUCUUGCAAAUGCAGCUAAGGUCCUCAGAAAAGCCACAACACAAAAAUCACGGUGACAAUGACGCAUGACAACGACAGCGACGACGAUGAUGAUGAUGUCUAUGACAUGAGGGAGUUUUGAUUCAUCAGUGUUUAAAGGAAAAAAAAAAAUGGAGAAAAAGCGGUACUAGUUCGAACAUUUUGCAAGCUUGUGUUCUGUUUGUUAAAACUGGCACCUGAGAUUACAGCGACAAAAAAACCACGGAAGGCUCUAGUCUGCAUUUCGCCUACUUCGUGAGAGACACAAAAAGAAAACAUCUUUUUUUUUUUAAAAAGGAAAAAAUAAACACUGGAAGAAUUUGUUAGUGUUAAUUAUGUGAAAGUAAAACAAAACAGGAAAUCCGUUCAGUGGAGUUGUACGUGUCGUUUCCACCCACACCUCACCCCGCGCUCCCCUGGUUCCUCGGUAUUGCUCUGCAGUGGGCACCUUCCCCGUCCCUUCCUCUGAGCUAACAGUGGGUUAUUUAUUGUGUGUUACUCUAUAAUGAACCUUUCAUUGCCCUUGGAAAACAAAACAGGUGUAUAAAAUGGAGACCAAAUGCUUUGCCACAAACUCAUGGAUGGCUUAAGGAAUUUGAACUCAAACGAGCUGGAAAAACAGGCGGUCAUACCAGGAUGAAAUCCCUAUGAGUCCUUAUAUAGAGAGGGCUUAAGUCUGCAAGAGUGUAGAAGCCCAAAGAACACGAGCUGUGCACCACUUGCCUGCAGAAGCUUCACGGGCGGCCAUACACUGAGAAGGUCUGCUAAGGAAGAAAGCCUGGAGUCAGUGGGGAUCUGGGAGAUCGCUUUUUUUCCUUUCUUUUAAUUGUAAAUGGUUCUUUGCCAGUUUAAGCAAGCCAGUGAAAUGUUGACCUGUUUUGACGUGUUUUGUCAGAUUUUGGACCGUGAAGUGGCUGUAGAGCUCCGAUACAGGUUUUUUUCCUUUGUCUUGGUAUAUGUAAUCACACUGAUACUAUUAAAAUAGAUGGGUCUAGAAGCCAGCAUAAUUGAAAACACAUCUGCAGAUCUGUUUUACAAACUAUUAAAUCAAAACAUUAACUACUUUAUAUGUAAUAUGUAGAUCCUUACCGUAUUUUUGAUAUUCUGUAAUAAUGAUUAUGAUUUAGAUUGAACUUAAAUUUGGACUCUUUUUUUUUUAAUGGUCCUUCAGAUUGUAUGUUUGUUUCCUUUAGCUGGCCAGUAUCUUUGAAUAAAACCCCUAGAUUUCGACUUGCACUACAAAUUCAUUUUUUUUAAAAUAAUAUCUUUUAUGUUUGUCUUUUAUGUAUUGCCCAUUUGAUGACAUAAGAUACCCGGGUCCAUUUUUCUCCUUUUCCUUUUCUUUUCCAAAAGAUAAAAAACAAAAACAAACAUACAAACAAAACCAAAAAGAUAUGCUUGACAGUCGUCGUCCAUCUUUUCUGUCAGGACUAACUAGUCAGGUCCGAUGACAGAGCUUCUCCUGGGAAGAUGGAGAUGUGUGAAAACAGAGAACUGAGCCCAAGUGUAGUUUUAGAGAGGGUUUAAUACUCUGAACUCAGAAUCUUGGUGACUGGGCUAGGAAAAGUUUCUCUGGCUUUCUUUAAUUCAUAUAUGUGUGGAAUUUUAUUGCUGUUUAAAAGCAGACAGUUAAAAAGAAAAAGCACCUUUUUCUUUAAUCAGGCUUUGGGUUUUAUGGGGAGGAUUGAAAGAUAUACACUUUGGUUGGGUUUUUCAAAGGAGGAAAAAGUCCUGACCAGCAUUCAUCAUUUCAUUAACUACCCUGAAGUUCAAGUUUUCAAAGAAAUUCUUUGAAGGCUGAAAAAGCACAAGCCGAAUUCUCCAUUGUUAAAAUAUUCUUCCUUUCACCUGAAUGAGAAUGCUCUACAGCGGAGGGUGGCUUUGGCUUGAGGAAAUGGGUGGUCCAUCUCUGAGGGGCGGGACCUGGCGGUGGGCUUUGCAGGGCAUCCUCCUCACUUCCUCAGCUUCAAGAUACAAACUAGGCCACAAAACAGUGAAAUAUUUAUGGUUUCCCAAAGGGUAACACAGUGAGGUGUGAAUACAAAGAGAAAGUCUUUGAUAUGGUUGGCAUACUUGUUUGGGGAGCUUUCCUCAAAAUUCAUUAAGACGAAGAACAGGAUUUGUAAGCCCAAAAAGAGACAGAGCAAGUGCUGGUGAAUGACCCUUGUGUCAGGCACAACACAAACCCAGAUUUGCCUGUGUGUUCAUCUUCUCCCCCUUACACUUCUCUGUUAUUUCUGUAUAACCCCUCUUAUUUCUGCAGAUAUUUUUCUCUCAGAUAAAAUGACAUUUUUGUUCUGUAUGAUUUUGUCUCUCCUUCUGAAUGCACUGACUGCUCUUUUUUUAAGUUUCUUGAAUCUCUCUCUCUCUCUCUCUCUCUCUCUCUCUCUCUCUCUCUCUCUCUCUCUCUCUCUCUCAAGUCUGUGGGGUCUACAGGUCUUUAUUUCCUAUUAGUAAAUAUUGCCAUGGGAGGGGUUGUAGGAGGGGGCAGGGGGUGUGUUAGCAUAUGGGCGGGGCAGCGGAUUGUAUGUGUUAAGCAACAGUACAAUUUUAUGGUUGGCAUGGUUUUUAAAGAAUGGAAUAUAAGAAUAGCUGUUAUGUGUUUUGAUGACCAAUUAUACUGUAUUUUAACACAAUGUAUGUCUGGUUUUUGUGGUGCUCUAGUGGUAAAUAAAUUAUUUCAGUUAUA